GUUUGAAAGCAGUUCAAUCGAUUUAUUCUUCAAGAUAGUCGUGUACGCUUAAUUAUUGACAGUAAAACAAUUAUUGAAUUGGGUCAUCUAGAAAAUACAUAGAACUAUUUUGUUUGCUAUCAGUUAAGUGCGUAAACACUGCCGGUUACAUCAGUUUCGUUCAGUAAACAUUUGAAUAUCCGUAUACAGACAUAGUAUGGAACGCGUUGCUCGCCGACGGAAUCACGAAAAUGAUAAUGGUUAUUCGAAAGAAAAAGAUAAAGAUCCAGAAUUCGUCCAUAGGGAGUCCGUUUUAACAGUACUCAUGAAUGAGUCGCUACACAUAAAGGCGAUUUAUCACAUAUUUGUCGCCAUUUUGAUCAUGCUUUUCUUGGACACAGUCAUUUACGACAUCGUGGAACGUGGAAAAUUGAAUGUUGGUAUUGCAUCUGUGGUGUAUGGUUUCGGUGACAUCAAGCGUGCCUUCAAGAUUUGGCUGUUCGAGCUUACUGUCGCUCUUAUUUUCUAUCCGGGGCUACGGAUAUAUGCAACUACGAGAAAAUUGGUGAAAAAAAGUGCAGCGUCCUGUCAACUUCUAGCAGUGGUUGGUGUAAUUUGCCUCAUUCUACUGCAAAUAUGUCUGAUUGGAGUGCCAUGCUGGGAAUUAGGAAGAAAACAUCUUGCUGUGGGGUCAUCUGUGGCGGUGACUUGUGAAAUGUUCCGUUUUGCAAUGAAAAUCUGCGCGGUGGCAGGCGAUUGUAUACCCCGAUGCCACAACGAUCAGAGGCCAUUGCCACCAUUCCAACAUUACUUGUACUUCCUGUUUGCACCGACACUUAUUUAUAGAGAUUCAUACCCUCGAACAAAGAAGAUAAGGUGGGGAAUGGUUUUGUUUCACUUCUCAGAGGUCGCUGCUGUCGUCUUUUAUAAUUGUUUUCUUUGGGAGCGAUUUAUAUUGCCUUAUUGGUCUGACUAUGGUAAAAAGCCACAGGUUGAAGCUGGUACUGUAGUACGCGGAAUGUUCGCCUGUGUUUUGCCCGGUUUAAUAUCAUUUCUAUGUGGCUUCUAUUGUCUUCUACACGCCUGGCUCAAUGCCUUCGCUGAGAUUAUGACAUUUGGAGACCGUCUUUUUUACGAGGAUUGGUGGACCAAAUCUAGGUAUUCUAAUUACUAUCGGGCGUGGAAUCGUGUAGUUUCAUCUUGGCUUCGUGACUACAUUUUCCGCCCAAUUACCCCCUUCGCUGGGCGUCCCCUUGCCUAUGUAACCGUAUUCUUUGUUUCAUCGGUAGCUCACGAAGUUAUCUUGGCACUUGGUUUUGGGUUCUUCUAUCCUGUAUUGCUGAUACAGUUUGGCGUUAUGGGUGUGAUGCUCCUGCCACUCACCGCUACGGCGGGAAAACGAUUUCCUAGCAUAUUUAAUAUGUUUAUGUGGCUUUCAUUUUUCAUAGGCACAGGAAUGUUAUGGAGUCUCUACCCAAUGGAAUAUUUUGCUCGAAAGAACUGUCCGCCUUCCGAAAAUGACAGCUUUUUCAUACCAAAGUCAUGGUCUUGUCCAAAAAUAGUACUAAAACCUAAUUGGACAUUUGAAAAUCCGUUUGAUUUAAAUAUAGAAUAAAAAGCAAUAACUGUUAAUAAAAGUAAUAAAAAAAUAUUCUAGCUACAAAUAUCAACUGAACUGAAAAAACAAUACUAUACACAACAAAAAUGUGGACAUACAGAUAUAAAAAGCUACUGAACCGACUUUUGUAAAACCAACUGUUCCUAAGUUGGAAAAAAGAUGUAUAGAUGUUGGUAAAAAGACAAAAUCUCGACGUUGUAUCGAGAUUUAUUUACUUACUGAAAAUGUUAUGUUCAAAUGUACAUUACGAAACGUUGUGCUUAGAAGUCUAUAUCAUUCACCAUAGAUAAUGUUUACAACAUACAACACCUUUAACUUAAAAAGGACAUAAAUAAGACAAUUAAGUUAUAGAAACGUGUUUAUUUGGAUACAUGUAUAAAACUUAACUCUAACAUAUAUUUGGCCUAUACUUAAAUGUGCCUUACGCUAGAACUAGAGCUAAUAAAUUGUCGUUCAUAAAAAUCUCUUCAAAAUCU